AUGCAGCUGGGUGGCAGCAGAUGCAGCUGGGUGGCAGCAGAUGCAGCUGGGUGGCAGCAGAUGCAGCUGGGUGGCAGCAGAUGCAGCUGGAUGGCAGCAGAUGCAGCUGGAUGGCAGCAGAUGCAGCUGGGUGGCAGCAGAUGCAGCUGGAUGGCAGCAGAUGCAGCUGGAUGGCAGCAGAUGCAGCUGGGUGGCAGCAGAUGCAGCUGGGUGGCAGCAGAUGCAGCUGGGUGGCAGCAGAUGCAGCUGGGUGGCAGCAGAUGCAGCUGGAUGGCAGCAGAUGCAGCUGGAUGGCAGCAGAUGCAGCUGGGUGGCAGCAGAUGCAGCUGGGUGGCAGCAGAUGCAGCUGGGUGGCAGCAGAUGCAGCUGGGUGGCAGCAGAUGCAGCUGGGUGGCAGCAGAUGCAGCUGGGUGGCAGCAGAUGCAGCUGGGUGGCAGCAGAUGCAGCUGGGUGGCAGCAGAUGCAGCUGGGUGGCAGCAGAUGCAGCUGGAUGGCAGCAGAUGCAGCUGGGUGGCAGCAGAUGCAGCAGGAUGGCAGCAGAUGCAGCUGGAUGGCAGCAGAUGCAGCUGGGUGGCAGCAGAUGCAGCUGGGUGGCAGCAGAUGCAGCUGGGUGGCAGCAGAUGCAGCUGGGUGGCAGCAGAUGCAGCUGGGUGGCAGCAGAUGCAGCUGGAUGGCAGCAGAGGGUCGGGUCGGGCCAGGAUGACCCGCCCAUCAUGGGCGGCCCAUGUUUAG